GCAAGGAAUAAUUAGCGAACCGUUACAUGUAAAUUGAAUCCUCCUCCGACCCUGGUGCUAUUAAGCAGCGCCAUUGAUGAAGAAUUCAGGUAUUAUCAAGAAGAUUAGGGUUUGAUCCGACUGAUAAUUUCAAAAAUGGAUGAAGCGAAGGCCUUGGCUCAACAGCAGCAGCUAAUGAUGCAACAGCAACAACAACAGCAGCAGCAGCAGCUACUCUUAUUGCAGCAGUUUCAGCGCCAGAAACAGCAGCAACAACAGGAUGCCAUGGCUCGAUUCCCUUCGAACAUUGAUGUUCAUCUCCGUCCUCAGCAGCUCCUUCAUCGUCCCCUUACCCCUCUUCAAUCACAGAACCCGAAUCCAAACCCUAACCCUAACCCUAGCUCUAGUAAUAACCCGUCAAGCCAGAUCCCCAAUCAACAAAACCCGGGUACUACCCAACAACAACAGCAGCAGAAGUUGACACGGGUUGCCCCGGAAUCGAACCGGGUGGAGCUCCAGAUGGCUUACCACGACGCUUGGCGAGUCUGCCAUCCUGACUUUAAGCGACCUUUCACUUCUCUUGAAGACGCUUGCGAAAGGCUUCUGCCUUACCAUGUGGUGGCAGACUAUGAAGCAGAGGAGGAUGAUAAGAUCCUUGAUUCAGACACUAGUGGCCAAAUGCUUUCUCGUUCACAGCAGUGGGAUCACAACAUUGCUGUGAAAGUUGCAGAGUUUACUGCAACAUUUGAGAAACAAGUGCUUGCAUUUAAUAUAAUUUCCCGCAAGAGAGAUGUUGGAGAAUUCCGGACGGAGGAGAAACUCAUGUUAGAGCAGUCACUGUUGCAAGAAGAGAGGAGAAUCCUGCUUGAACUGAAAACAGAGAUGGAGGCCAGGCAAAAGAUGGGUCGAGAGACUCAUGAUCCUAAUUUGCAAAUGGCAGCUCUUGUUCAUGCAGAACAAGCCCGUGCUGAAUCACAAGCUCGUGCUGAGAUGAUGAACCGAGCGCCAAUACGAGCUAGUGCACUCGGGCCUAGGGGGAGCAAUAUUCAAAUGGGUAAUGAUGUUGGUGAGCACGGACAGGAAGUUAGCCCUGAUGAAAUGAUCAACGGUUGGGGCAACAAUGGACAUAAAGACGAAAAGGAACCAUCGGAGGACUUUUUGAAUGAUGAAGAAACUGAUAAUGGAGAUGUAGGUACUCAGAGUGAGUGGCGUGGAGGUGGGGAGUUGGAUCUGAACACAAGAUGAAUCAUAUAAGACCUAUCAGUGUUUGGCAUUUUCCAUGUGAAAAGUGAAUAUUUGUGUCAAAGUUUAGCCCACCAUAUACUUUGGUGCAUUCUGUUACUGAUUCUACACUUGAAAGUUGGUAGAAGCUCACCUAUUAAGAUUAGGACUACUGAAGAUA